CAAUAAAAUAAAAACAAAUAAAGAAAAUUCAUAAGGAAUUAAGGAGUAUUCAAAGUCUAUAUUGAUGGUUCAAUAAUUUGUUCAUUUAUCAAUAUUUUGAGAUGGACAUAACCAAAUUGCUGACGCAAGAAUCCAAAUUUUGUAACCAAAAAUCAUGAUAAACAAAAUAAACAAAAUCACAAAUUUUCCACACUAGCAGGAAGUCAGUCAUUACACCGGCUACAGUUCGCUGAAUCGCCGUCGCUCCCUCCGCCUAUCACCUCCCUGGCCCCCUCUCUCUCCAUCCCCGCCCAUCAUUUCCGUCCCCCACGGCCACCCUCUCUCUCUCUCCAAUUUUCAGGUAAUUCCAACCUCCAAAACCCAAUCCCCUAAAUUUUAUUGAAAUGAUUCUAUCUCUUCAAAUCUCCUCUGCAAUUCUAUCACCAACACAUCCAUCUUUAUCAUCAUCUACCAUCUUUUUCUCUCCUCCCUUCUUCAACAAACCUCCAUUUUCCAUCUCCUUCCCUCCAAAACCUUCCCCAAUUCAAAUCAUAUCUCUCCCUCUCCACUGCCACAACCACCGCGAAAACCACCACCAUUCUCUCUCCUCCGACAUUGAUAUGGUGCAGACAAGAGAUGGCGUCUUCGCUCCAAAACAAACCAAAGUGGUGGUGUUAUGGGAUUUGGACAACAAACCCCCACGUGGGCUCCCCUAUGACGCCGCUGUAUCCCUCAAAGCCCUCGCCUCCCGCUUCGGAGAGGUUGUCGACAUCUCUGCUUAUGCCAACCGCCACGCUUUCUCUCACCUCCCAGCCCGAGUCCUCGAGGAACGCCGCGAGCGGAGGCAGCUGGAUGUUCUUGAGCGCAAAGGUAUAAUUACCCCAUCUCAGCCUUAUGUUUGUAGUGUAUGUGGUAGAAAGUGUAAGACUAAUCUAGAUUUGAAGAAGCAUUUUAGGCAAUUGCAUGAGAGAGAAAGGCAAAAGAAGCUAAGUAGGAUGAAACAAUUGAAGGGUAAGAAGAGGCAGAAGUUUAAGGAGAGGUAUUUGGAGAAGAAUUAUAAGUUUGAGGAGGCUGCUAGGAGUUUGAUUACGCCGAAAGUUGGGUAUGGGUUAGCUAAAGAGUUGCGGCGAGCAGGGGUUUUUGUUAAGACGGUGGAGGAUAAGCCACAGGCGGCGGAUUGGGCGUUGAAGAGGCAGAUGUUGCAUUCUAUUAGUAGAGGAGUUGAUUGGUUGUUCUUGGUUUCUGAUGAUUCGGAUUUUCGAGAGAUGUUGAGAAGGGCAAGGGAGUCGAACUUAGGGACCGUGGUGGUGGGGGAUCGGAAUGGGGCGUUGGGAAUGAAUGCUGAUCUUUGGGUUCCUUGGAUGGGUGUGGAGAAUGGGGAGGUGAGUGAAAAGGAUUUGGUGCCUAAGAGGAAGGAAGUUGCUGAUUGGGGGGAUGAUGAUAGUUUGAUGAGGGGUGAUGGGUUGUUUUCGAUUUCAGAGUUUGAUGAGCGUGUUGAUGGUACUGAGAGUGGGACUGACUUGGAUAGGAUUGUGGAUGAGCUUGGUCUCCCGAGUAGGAAGCCGAGUGUUGGGAGUGGGAGGUUCUCAAUAUUUUCUGAGGGUGAAGAAGAUGAUGAGGAGUGGCUGGAUGAUGAUGACGAUGACGACGAUGAUGAUGAUGACUAUGACUUCGAAGAUGAAUUGUAGCAAAAAGAGAUAUGAUUAAAUAAUUCAAUUGAUUGGAGAUGCAGCUUUGCUGUGUAUAUAGGUCGGGCCAAAUUAUGAUGGCCUUGAUGGUUUUUCUGAUCUCGUACUUAUUCAGAUUGAACUAUCCAUAUGAGACUUGCUUGGGAUUGACAUUUGACAACCAAGAUUGGUGUUUCUAAUGUGCAAUAUAAGUUCUCAGCUUCGCCAUCAAAGAAAGCUGAUCAAGGUUUCAGGUACCAAAUCACAGAAAAAGUGCUGAUUAUGAUGUCUUUUCUACAGUGACUUGUUUACUGCAUAACACUGUAGGAUAGUAGGGAAGAUUUUCCCUUCAUUUCUGUGCAUUAUGUAUAUGACAAAUUGUGCUGGGUCUUAUUGUUCUUGUCUGACCCAUAUUCACUCCAAUUUCAUUUACGGAGUACUCCGUAUAAAAGUUACUACACAAUACUGAUUUCCAUCAUUGUUUGUCUGGAUGUCAUUACCAGUAUGAAGUCUAUGCACAUAUUAUUCGGAUUGCCUACUGCAAUUUUUGCUUUGAAUUAGGCUGCAAAGAAAUAAUAGAAUCAACCAUAGAAGGGGAUGCUCUUCAUUUUACUGA